UCAGAUAACACACAGCAGAGCAGUUUGUACUACGUUCUUGGAUCAAAGAUUGUAUUGAUUAUAUAUUUUCUGGAAUACAACUCUCUUUCCUACAGGGCUAAAGCCGCUAUGCACUGUCAAUACAUUCUACAGUUAUCUCUGUUAACUCUACUCUCCCUGCCAGGCACACACUUUUCAGGCACACAGACCUGGUCUGUUUGGUACCAUGACAGGGACAGGACUACCGUUAUCUGUGCAUCAAAAGGCUCAUCAGUGGUAUUUGCCUGUACGUACAGCUACCCAGAUACGAUGGAAGUUAGAAGAAAGAUAUGGUUCACUCCGAGAGGCAAAACAAAACAAGACGGCUCACAGCAAGGAGAUGGAGUGUUUAACACAUCUGGACUGACUAAUAAAACAAGAUACAGUGGAAGAACAGAGUUUUAUGACCAAGGCAAUAACUGCACACUGAAACUCAACAAUGUGACUGAAGAUGACAGUGGCAGAUUCUUCUUCAGAUUUGAGGCAAAUAAACAUAAGCAGGCCCCUCAGGGAUAUACAGGACCAUUGGGUGUGGCCCUGACAAUAUCAGUCUUAUCCCUAAAGUUAAAUGAAAAUGGCCCCGUUAAGGAGAGAGACCACGUCACCUUGGCCUGCACCUCCACCUGUAACCUUCCUCAAAUGGAGUUCCUCUGGUUUAAAGAUGGCUGCCCACUUCCUGGUGUCUCUGGUGUCCUCGGUGGGCAGUAUCCCCUAGGUCCACUUUCCUCUAAUGACACUGGGUGCUACUCCUGUGGUCUGGGGCAAGGCAUGUCUACACCAAUACUGCUGGAUGUGAGAUAUGCUCCAAGGAACGUUUCUGUUCAGGUCAGCCCGAGCCCCGAGGUAGUGAAAGGCAGUCGUCUGACUCUGACCUGCAACAAUAACGCCAACCCUGCAGCAGAGACCUACACCUGGUUUCAGAGGACAGGAACGCUAACUUCACUAAGAUUAGGGAUGGGGAAAGAACACACCUUCAAAGAAAUAGAUUCUGAUGACAGUGGACUGUACUUCUGUAUGGCCCAGAAUGCCCUCGGAUCACAGAACUCUACAGAACUGGAGUUGAAAGUUAAAGAAUCAGCCCAUUUAAUGGUGUUCCUGGCAGCAUUUGGGGCUCUCUUCCUUGUCACAGCAGUGAUUGUGGUGCUCUACAUUUACAUAAAAAGACGGAAGUGGAACAGGGCCGAGAAGAAGCUUCCAACCAAACCAGUCCCCCAGUUACAGAAAGCAACCUUUUCUAGACCAGAGGACAUCUAUGAAAACAUGAGACGGUCAGCCAAGCCGAUCACUGAUCCUGAUGUCAUGAAUUACACAGAGCUCAAUAUCAGGCCUGCUCCUUCACACAGGAGGCAGCUGAAUAACAAGGCAGAGGAUGAUGAUGCAGUUGUCUACAGCCAACUACAAACACAGUGAGGUGGUCAGAGAACUUUGAUAUCUAGACCUCAAGGCCUACAGUAUGGUAAACUCAAGAAAAGUGAAUGAAAAAAAGCAUGUUAAGUGACAUUUUUUAAUUAGCAAAAUACAUAGCUGUUAUACUGUAUGUGUAUGUACAAACAAUGUACAGUGUACAAUAUACAAAAUAAACAGUAAAAAAGUGGAUAAUUAUACAAAUACAAACAUAAAAUGAUUACAUGAGCACACAGGGUAUGCCAUUUAACAACAGAUUAUUAAAAAAUAAGCAUAUCAUAUUGCUCUGUAAUAUAUAAGAGCUAUGUAUAUUUCUCAUGAUUUCAACACCUGAAGAGAUGUAAUUUUGGCAGGUCGUUAUUUGUUAAUGUUAUUAUGCUAGAUUCUGUAUACUGUUAAUAUGUUAGGAUAAACAUUCCUUAUUAAAUAAUGAUAUGUCACUUACAGAUUGUUUGCAGAUUAAAGUGAAUAUAAACUUCAAUAAAUAAUGAGUUAUGAUUAAAUUAAUGAACUACGAAGGUCUCCCUGACAAAUUACAGCAGCCUUAAUGUACUGAAAUAUAACAAGAAUGUACUGAAAUAUAAAAGCAAGGAAAUGUAACACUUGAGAUUGAGAUUACACAGUGCUGGAUGAAAUUACCACCAUCUGUUGAUGUUAGACAUUACAGUUCACAGAUAACUUUCCGAAUCCUUAUUCUUUCUCAACUUGGACUGUCCUGGGAACUCUCCAAAAACAUUUAACUAAGACCCCCAACUCACAAUACUUCCUCCUUUCUACUUUGGCAUUUACAGGUUCCAUUCUUCAGAUACUAGGAUGUCACUUCCUGUUCAGUAACUCAGGCCUCUGUGGCAGGAUCUCCAAUGGGGGACAUUUUCCUGAUAAGAAAUCAUAGGUCAGGUUAGAAAUAAAACACAACUCAAUACAACUAGCCAUGGAAAUAUUUAAUGAGUCAUUAGCUCAGUAACUAAAUAUUCACAUGCAAAUAAGGGAAAAUAAGACUAAUAAGCCUAUUCAUUCUGAGAGGGUAUUCCCGUGUUCGUCAGCUCAAGUCAUGAAAGACUCUAGCAGUGGCAAGUGGGUGGUGGCUACCUAACAAUUAAAAUGGGUAUCAAAAAAUGGCUAAGGGUGUCACUUUGCACAUGGGUAUAUUAGUUAUAAUUUAAUUAGUCAGUGAUCAAACACACUUGCUGACUUGUAAGUGUGGAGGUGCCUCUUUUUGCCAUUUUUUAUGGAUCACAGCCUGUUUAGGGUGAGGGUGGGCUGUGUCCACUCCUCUGACAUUGUCAUUGGCCACCUACUCGAAUUUGGUGAGGGGUGCUUUGUCGCACGUGACCUCCGCCUGCAACCCAUUAUUUGCUCCAUUUUGUGUCUGCAGUUUUGGGAUGCUAUCCCUCGGUAUGCCAAGCCUAUUCAACUUCAAGUCUCUGCAUUGAAGGACACACAUAAACUGAGACUCAGGAGGGUUCAUAUAGAGAAACACACAACCACACUACAACCCUCUGAAUAUGUUACAUUGAGGAACAGGCAGACAGUAGCCUAGAGAAUAGCGUUACCCAUUACAGGUGCCGUCACCCUCCUCCACAGUCUUCUUCCCAGGGACCUUCUGCCCAAACAGCUUGACAGCCAGGAACAUCAGCAUGCCGCAGCGGUUGAUAUAGCAACAGGUGGCGUCCACAGCAAUCAGUAGCACCAAAAAGAGGAGCAUGACAAUGCCUGCCACAGCCCCUUUCCCCAUCCCACCCUUGUUCAUCUUGGCUACGGAAGGGGAAGGAGGGAGGGGAUGAAAGGGAGGGAGAGAAGGAGAGAGAGACAGAGAGAGGGAGAGAUAAUCAUAUUUAAACUCAGUAAAACAAUUUAUCCUGCUCUGGCUGCUCUGUUCUGUAACUGUUUUAUUUCAGAGAUAUUUUCCUCUCUAUUGGGCAAUGGUCUGUUUUCCAGAAUGUGACUGUGGUAAAGCUGUGAAACAGCUCAUAAGGAAUGACAUCAUCAAAUAAUGAACUAAAUGCUGGCACCUGUGCCUGUUUACCAGCUCUGCCCGGGACUCUGGAAAAACUAUUAUAAGGUGAGAGUGCAGAAAGGGUGCACACGCUCAGACCCCACGGGAGCGUCUCGUCAGCUAGACAAGAUAAAUGUUUUUAAAUGUUUUAAAUGUUUAGUGUAAAUGUGGUAAAUAUGUUUAGUUGUUAGGAGUAACUUUUUAAAUUACAGUGUGGGUUAUGAAGGGAGGACAGAACAGUUAUUGUAGCUUAAGAGGGCUGGGUCCUAUAUGUGCCUUCAUCACUAUCAUGUGGGUCUUUUGACUGUUUGUAUUGGUUCAAGCACCUGUCUGCAGUGAAGUCGCAUGCUUUAAGAGUAUUUGAUAUCCAGUUUGCCGUGUAACUGCAUGUUCCCACCUUUGUGUGCAGUGUCACCUCCUAGUGUGUAAUUAAGCUCAUAGCCUAUGUGUGCCUUACACCACAGUCUUCUUCUUACUCAGGCUCAGUUGCAUAGACCGCAGAAAUAUAGUAGGGCGUCUCUGAGGUAAUC